AUGGUACUGCAUAACCCCAACAACUGGCAUUGGGUCAAUAAGGAUGUGUCUCCGUGGGCGAAGCAGUGGUUCGAGGACAACCUGACCAAGCUUGAUGUCCAAGAUGGCGAUAUCGAGGCCAAGGUUAGCCGGAUCCAGAGCAUGGACGGCGAUGUCGAUGUCAGCCAGCGGAAAGGCAAAGUCAUCACCAUCUUCGAUGUGAAGCUGGUUCUGGAGUAUACAGGCUCGGCCCCAGACGUGGAUGAAGUGUCGGGAACCAUCACCGUGCCUGAACUAGCACAUGACACAGACGAAGACGAGUACGUGUUUGAUGUCGACAUCUUCUCCGAGUCAAAAGAGAAGCAGCCAGUCAAGGAUCUCGUCCGGUCAAAGCUGGUUCCUUUGCUGCGAAAAGAAUUUCAAAAACUUGCCCCGGCCUUGAUUGCCGAGCAUGGCAAGGAUAUCCAGCACGCUUCUGGUUCAAAUCCGUCCAGCGGCUUCUCAACGCCCAAGCUCCAUCCGGAGACGUCGUCUUCCAAAUCCUCGCAGCCAACUAGCGCUCCAACCAGCACCAGUGGCAUCGUCAACACUGUCACGGUGACCGACAACGAGGAGUUCCGAACAACCGCAGAGGAGAUGUACCAGACCUUUAUAGACCCUGGACGGCUAGCCGCCUUUACCCGCUCACCUCCGAAGCUCUUCGAAGGCGCCAAGAAAGGUGGCAAGUUCGAACUCUUUGGUGGCAAUGUCUCUGGCGAAUAUCUAGAGCUGGAGUCGCCGACCAAGCUCGUGCAGAGCUGGCGCUUGAGCCAGUGGCCUGCCGGUCACUACUCGAGACUUCAGAUCGAAUUCGACCAAAACGACGUGGACCACGUUACUGUCAUGCGCGUGACGUGGGAAGGUGUUCCCGUGGGUCAAGAAGAGGUGACCAAGCGGAACUGGCUUGAGUACUACGUUAAGAGCAUCAAGCAAACCUUUGGCUUCGGCACCCUUUUGUGA